AUAAGCAGUCAGAUGUACAUUCUGCUGAAUGAAUAUCAGCUUACAGAAGAAAAUAUCAAGCUCCGAUUUCUGGCCUGUUCUCUGGUUCGGGAUUUUACACGUGCAUAUUUUCCAGACAGUACAGUAAAGCCAUUUGGCUCUUCAGUCAACACCUUUGGCAAAUUGGGAUGUGAUGUGGACAUGUUUCUGGACUUCCAUGAUACAGGAAAACAUGAUAAAAAAGUGAAAAAAGGUCCCUUUGAAAUGGAAUACCAGAUGAGAAGAUUACCAUCUGAAAGAUUAGCAACUCAGAAAAUUCUUUCUGUGAUUGGUGAUUGCCUUGAUAAUUUUGGUCCUGGGUAUGUGGCUGUACAGAAGAUACUCAAUGCUCGCUGUCCACUGGUGAAAUUUUCUCAUCAACCAACAGGAUUCCAGUGUGACCUGUCAGUGAGCAACAGCAUUGCCAUAAAAAGCUCAGAGCUCUUGUAUAUCUAUGGCUGUCUUGAUUCCCGUGUGAGAGCGCUCGUGUUCACCAUACGCUGCUGGGCCCGUGUUCAUGGACUUACAAAUAGUGUUCCUGGCACCUGGAUUACAAACUUCUCUCUGACUAUGAUGGUCAUGUUUUUUCUGCAGAAGAGAUCACCACCUAUCAUUCCAACACUAGACCAACUGAAAGAGCUGGCAGAUGAAAAAGACAAGCAUGUAAUUGGAGGGUAUGAUUGCUCAUUUGUUAGUGAUUUAAGCAAGAUUAAACCUACAAAAAAUACAGAAACACUUGAUGUGUUGUUGGGUGACUUUUUUGAAUAUUUUGGAAACUUUGAUUUCAGAAGGAAUUCCAUAAAUCUUCGAAAGGGAAAGGAAGUAAAUAAACCUGAGUCGUCUCCUCUUUAUAUCUGGAAUCCCUUUGAACAAGACCUUAAUAUCAGCAAGAAUGUUAAUCAGCCACAGCUGGAGAAAUUUGUAGCUAUGGCCAGAGAAAGUGCCUGGAUUUUACAGAAGGAAGAGAAAACUCAGCGAAUAGUCGAUAAACAGCCUUGGGGACUGGCAGCUCUGCUGAUACCAUUUGGGAAAAGUAAUUCCAGCAAGGUGAAGAACAGGAUGAAAGGAAUAGGAAGUGAAACAAUCAGAAGCCUUUUGGACUCUUUAAAGUUAAAUCAUGCAGGCAGUCUACAAAAAGCAGUGGGGAAGUGACUUUCUGCACAGAAACACUGUAGCUGAUACUCUUUUUAAGAAUUGAAUGUGACACACAGUCCGAAGAAAGUUACUUUUAAUAUUUCUAUUACGGUGACAUGGAGAGUCAAAUAACCUCUGUUCUCCAUUGUGAUGCUUUUAGUACAGGUCUGCUUUCUU